UUCUCUAGAUGAUCAACCAGAAGAGAUUGAGCUGCAAGUACUUUCAUCCACGUCAGCUGCAACUUGCAAGGGUCCUUCACAAGAUGCCGGUGCUGAAGAAAACUUGACUGAAAGCGGUGCAGGUCCUUCUACCAGUCUUGGAGGAUCUUCGGUUCGUUCUGAAGUUGGCGUUGCUGCUCAUCCUGGCAUUUCCCUCGAAGAAGGAAAAAGCCUUGUGGAGUCUUUGUUCGACAAGGCCCAACACGUGCACAGCUACUACACAUGCAGGUCCAAGAACUGUACCUCCUUCUCCAUCUCUGAAAGCCAAAGAGUGAAACACCUGAAAGAAAAGUUCAAGCAUGACUGGAUGUUUGAGAAGGAUGUUUCCUUUGAUGACAGUGUAGGGGUUUGGUGGUUAGCAUACGUGGAGGGUGAAGGAAUGUAUUGCCUGCUGUGCAAGAAGCACAAUCAGAUAAACACGCAAAACAAAAGUGACAAGUAUGCCAGGGUACCUUCGGUCAGGUUUAAGAGGUCGGCAGUGACAGACCAUGGCAAAUGCAAUGUCCACACACGUAGCUCGGAAAUAGAGUGCCAGCAGAAGAGAGGCAGUAUCAUCAACAAAGAAUUCGAGAAGAAGCAGGGUGCCCAUUUCACUGCGGUGUUUAAAGCAUUCAGCUGUGCCUACUUCAUUGCGAGGGAGAAUGUUGCCAACAGAAAGUUCCUGCCCUUGCUGAACUUUUUGGAGGGUGUAGGUGUCCCCGAUGUAAAGUACUUCGAACACAGAAGUGAGGGCUCGAUCAAGGACGUUUUCCUCACCAUUGGACAGACCAUCCAGAAGUCUGUCAUCGAGCAAAUUCAGAGAUCCGGUGUGUUUGGUGUCCUGGUUGACGACGUAACAGAUGCUGCAGCCCUGGAACAAAUGAUAACAUUUGUACAGUUCGUGGACACUGACAACAACAGGCCAGCUGUAGCCUUUCUUGGCACCAAAAAUGUCCUGGAGAGCCACGAGUCGGCCAAUGCGGAAGCUCUGUUAGAGAACUUCACGGAACUGUUAGAUGCCUGUGGGCUGGAGGUGUCUGACAUUCACGGCCUGUGCUCGGAUGGAGCAAGUGUCAUGCUCGGUAAGAAAGACGGGUUUGCAGCAAAGUUGAAGAGGCUGCCUGGCUGCAAAAAAAUCCUGGCCUUUCACUGCGUGUGCCACAAGCUGGCACUGGCAUGCUGCGAUACGAGUGGUGACCUGAAAGCCAUUAAGGAUGUAGAGGAGGUGCUGUUGAAUGUCUGGAAAUGGCUGAGCUAUUCACCCAAAAGAACAGCGGCAUUCGUCAAAUGCCAACUUGCCAUCAAAGGCAUGGCUGCAGCCAAGACCCCAUCAGCCCAGCAGAGCGUCUGCCGAAAGCUGAAGAGAGCUUGCCACACAAGAUGGCUUAGCUUCGACCAGUCAGUUAAAACAGUCUAUGCGGACUUUUGGGCAUUACUGCAAACCUUGUCUUCCUUCAAGUCUUGCCCUGUUGCAACUGGGCUCCUGAAAAAGAUGAAGUCAGCCAAGUUUCUGGGAAUACUCAUCAUAUUCAGGAACGUUCUGCCAGAGUUAGCACAGCUCUCAAAGAGUUUCCAGGCAAAUGCCCUGAACUUCUCCGUCGUGUCCCCUGCCAUUGAUUACACCAAGAGCAAGCUCCGGGAGAUUGAGGAGUCCAACAUCAUCAUCAAUCAGCUCAGACAGGACCUGGACCCUAAUGACGGACAGUUCAGGCACACAGAGAUUUGCCUGACAGAGGCGGUCGAAGUUCAGGUGGCAGGCCUUACACAGAAGUACACAGAUGCACUUUGUCAGAACAUUGACAGAAGAUUUCAAGACAGCCUUCCAGUCGUCUCAGCCUUGUCAAUAUUCGACCCCGAGGCACUGCCACAACCUGAGUCUGAACGCUUCAGAUCGUAUGGCUCAGAGAAGAUAAGCGUGCUAGCCACCCAUUUCUUCGAGGGUUCCGAAGACAAGCAGAGUCAGCUCAGAGCAGAGUGGGGGAAGUUUAAGUACGACAUGCACACAAACCUGAAGCCUCAGCUACCUAAAGAUCCCCAGACCUCAGGACGUCUGUGUGCUGCUAGUGCCACACCGCCAACUACAGGGAGUGCCACACAGUGGUGCCUAGAAAGGGUUAUGGAGCUAAAGACUUCAUAUGGACAUGUCUACCCAACACUUGUGCACAUUGCAAAGGUGGCAUUGGUGCUUCCACUAUCCAAUGCGUGGCCAGAGAGAGGGGCAAGCAAGGUGAAGCUCAUCAAAAACCGCCUACGGACCAGGCUGGGUGGAGACAUGCUCAAUGCACUGUUGAACAUCUCCAUCAAUGGUCCACCAGUGAACAGCCCUGACUCCACCAGCAUGCUGACCUCUGCAGUGAAGUCCUGGUUUGCAGAGAAGAAGAGGCAUGGGUCCAAGAAGCUGGCGCAGGAGAUUAAACAACAGCGACAACAGUUACGCAUCCAGAAAACCCUGGCACAGCUGCGACAGCGGUAUGGGGAGGAGGCUCCUCCCCAGUCCGAGGAGGAGGCCCUGAUGGAUUACCAGGAGUCCGAGAGUCAAGAUGAAGAUGCUGAGAUGGACCAGUUGAGGCUCCUUGAAGAGGCUGAUGCGGUUUCUGUAGCUAAGGCAGUCAUGGGUGAAACACCUCCAGACUCAGGAUGCGACUCAGACUCUGAUCUUGAUGCAGAAUGCUUUUAAGUCUAACUACUGUAAUGUAGUACUAAUAAUCAAAUGUACUACAGUCUGAGAUGACUUAGUGUAUACCUGACAAGUAACUACCUCUUGUGUAUAGUUUAACUUAGGAGGACAGUCCACUGAGUCAGGUCAGGUGGCUGUCCUCUGCCCAGUUACAGUAUCACUCAUGCUGUAAUGUUCAGAGAUCUAAGUGUAUACCUGACAAGUAACUACCUCUUGCUGUGUAUAGUUUAACUUAGGAGGACAGUCCACUGAGUCAGGUCAGGUGGCUGUCCUCUGCCCAGUUACAGUAUCACUCAUGCUGUAAUGUUCAGAGAUCUAAGUGUAUACCUGACAAGUAACUACCUCUUGUGUAUAGUUUAACUUAGGAGGACAGUCCACUGAGUCAGGUCAGGUGGUUGUCCUCUGCCCAGUUACAGUAUCACUCAUGCUGUAAUGUUAGUUCUGGGAUGACUUUGUUUAUACCUGAAAAGUAACUACAGCUGUACUUCUUGUGUAUAGUAAGUUACUAAGGAUUCCAAUUACUUAGGCAGGAGGAAGUAACUUGUGCAAUGUAUUGUUGUAGGAGGUCUGGUCGGCUAGUAGCAUGAUCUCCUCCCUGCAACCCUCAGACUGUUGUACUCUGCACUGCAAUGAUUCCUGUAUUUCUGAGUGACUCCCUGUAAACACAGACGUCUGCCAUGAUCUCUAUUGAUUAUUAAAAGUUUAUUCAUCAUUCUUGAUGGCUUCUUCUUGCUUCUCUGUUUGUACUUUUGAAUUUUGGUAGAUCAGGUAGUUACAUAACAAAUGACUAAAAAACACAUGUCAACAU